AUGGAAGAAUUAUUAAAAAAAGAAUUAAAAACGAGUAAAUUGGAAAGUUUGGGCUCAUGCUCUGGAGGUUAUAUUAACAUUGCCCAAGCGUUUAACACAGAUUAUGGUAAAAUAUUCGUCAAAACCAAUGAAAAACCACAGGCUGGUCUUAUGUUUCAAGGAGAGUUUAAAAGUUUAGAAGCUAUCAAUAAAACUGGUACUGUUAAAACUCCAAAACCAUAUAAGGUGAUAGACAAUCCCGCGGGAGGUAGUAUAUUCGUUAUGGAGUAUCUAGAUCUCAGAGGCAAAGUGUCCACAUCUUCUGCCCAACUUGGUCGACAACUAGCCAGCCUUCAUCUUUACAAUACCCAACUAAAAGAACAGAAGGAAAAGAUAGAAAGUUUUGUAGGAAAACAAGAAACGGUGAAUUAUGUAGAUCAGUUUGGUUUUGAAGUUCCGACUUGUUGUGGAUAUUUACCUCAGUCUAAUUCCUGGUCUUCUGAUUGGUUGAAUUUUUAUUGUGGAAAAAUAGAGGCACAGAUAGAUAGUAUAGAUAGAAGAGAGUAUAAUAUGAUAUAUAGAAAAAUCCGUGAUUUAUGGAAUACUCUGUUACCAGGGAUACCUAAAUUAUUUACUGGUCUAGAGAUACGACCUGCUCUUCUACAUGGUGAUCUUCAUUUUGGAAACGCAUCGGAGUCGUUACAUGGUCCCGUUAUCUACGACCCGGCGUCAUUUUACGGCCAUGCUGAAUACGAUCUGGCGAUAGCUCAUAUUUAUGGUAAAUUUGAACCCGAGUUUUUCCAGGCCUAUCAUGGGGUUAUUCCUGAAGCUGAUGGAUUUCAAAACAGACUGGAACUUUAUAAAAUAUUUCAUUAUAUAAACCAUUGGAAUCAUUUUCACAGACAAUAUCCAGGUAGAACUAUCGAUAUUUUACAUUCCCUGAUUAAAGCUACAAGAUGA